AUGGCACAGACUAUCCUACCCAUCUUCAAGACCAGACCUGAUGGCGGGCGAGGGGAUAUCAUCAACAUUGGCAGUAUCGCCGGCCGAGAGCCAUACCAGCGUGGGAUGUUUAUUAAGAUUGACUCGGGUCAAGUGGAGACGGAGUUGUCGAUUGUGAGGUUCGAUGGUAAUAAGGCGAAGGCGGAUGCUGUUUACAACUAA